CAGCCCGGCUUCCUGGAGACCAAAACCACAAGCAGAGCACAGAGAUGUGAGAGACACUCACGGGCUGGGCUUGCCCGCAUGCGUACAGAGCACCUUCUCUCGAGAAGAGGAAGACGCAGCCAGGAUCGGCAAAGGACAGAGCAGGCGUGAGGGGCACCCAGCAGCCGUGUCCACUCCCUGGCCCCGGGAUGGCUUUCCCCGCCGGCAGGCACGCGUAGCCGUCGGAGAUGGCACCAGGCAUGUGGUUCUUCUGCGUGAUCGCUGGAUGGCUGGCGGCGGUUCUCUCAGGUCACCCGACUCCAGCCCCACCCGGCCAGCGCAACACCAGCGGCACAGAGAGCCAGCCCUCGGAGCCAGGGGAGUGGCCGGGGGUCCGCCUGGUGAACGGGAGCAGCCGCUGCAGCGGGACCGUGGAGGUUCAGCUACGACAGUCCUGGGAGCCCCUGUGCCGGAAGUUCUGGGACCUCAAUGCCGCGGAGGCCGUGUGCCAAGUGCUGGACUGCGGAGGGGCAGAGCCGGUGCCGAGCCAGCCAGCUCCAUUGUCGUCGGAACUGCCACGGGUCUGGGCCGCGAGGAACGCCAGCAGGACCCCAAACGCCACGCGAGCCCUGGUGCCCACAGUCCAAUGCAGAAGCCCCGAGUGGCAGUCCUGCGAGGUGGUGGAGCGGGAGUGCAUCAGCAGGGGGCCGGUCCAGGUCACCUGUGCAGAGAAUCGAGCACUGCGGUUGGUGGAGGGUGGCAGCCGCUGUGCCGGCCGCGUGGAGAUGCUGGAGUACGGCCAGUGGGGUUCUCUGUGCGACGACACGUGGGACCUGAAGGACGCCGACGUGGUGUGCAAGCAGCUGAGCUGCGGCUGGGCCAUCCAGGCCCUGCCGGGCUUGCACUUCGCCCCUGGCCAGGGAGCCAUCCACCGGGACCAGGUGAACUGCUCCGGGACCGAGACCUACCUGUGGGACUGCCCAGGGCUGCCUGGACAUGGCUACUGUGGCCACAAGGAGGACGCCGGCGUGGUGUGCUCAGAGCACCAGUCCUGGCGCCUGACCGGAGGCACUGACCGCUGCGAGGGGCAGGUGGAGGUAUACUUCCGUGGGGUCUGGAGCACUGUGUGUGACAGCGAGUGGUACUUCUCAGAGGCCCACGUGCUCUGCCGUGCCUUGGGCUGCGGGACCGUGGACAAACGGCCCAAGGGGCUGCCCCACUCCCUGUCGGGCAGGAUGUUCUACUCGUGCAAGGGAAACGAGACCACCCUCUCGGACUGUUCAUGGCUCUUCAACAACUCCAAUGUCUGUGUGCAGUCCAGGGCAGCCAGGGUCCUCUGCUCAGGUUCCCAGAGGUUGCUCAAUCUGUCCACUCCUGAAGUUCCUACAAGUAUGCAGCCAGUCACUGUAGAACCUUCUGUGACCGUGAAAAUGGAGGACUGGCAAUCUCGGGAGCUGACCCUCUUCAUCACCUCUAUCAUUCUGGGAAUUCUCUUCCUUGUCUCACUCAUCAUCAUUGCCAUCAUCCUCUUGAAAGUUAAAGGAAAAUACGCCCUCCCUGCUAUGGUGAACCACCAACACCUACCUACCACCACCCCAGCAGGGGUCAAUAGCUAUCAAGAGGUCCCCAUCACCAUCCCCAAAGAAGAAGUUCCCAAGCUGUCCUUCCAGGCCCAGGCCCCGCCCCCCGCAGACCCGGACUCGAGCUCGGAAUCUGACUACGAGCACUACGACUUCAGCGCCCAGCCUCCCGUGGCCCUGACCACCUUCUACAACUCCCAGCGACACCGAGUCACAGAUGAGGAGGUCCAGCAGAGCAGGUUCCGGAUGCCGGCCCUGGAGGAAGAGGUGCAUGCCUCCCGGGUCCCACCUGCCAACCCUGCACCCUGCAUUGCAGAUCCCCCCUCCCUGGGCCCUCAGCAGCAGGUGAGGAGCCACAGCGAGUCCAGCACGUCGUCUGGGGAGGACUACUGCAACAGUCCCAGCAGCAGGCUGCCGCCCUGGAACCCUCAGGGCUUUUCCUCAGAGAGGAACCCCCUCCGGGAGCAGCCCCCGAACUUGGAGCUGGCCGGCUCCCAGGGAACCUUUUCAGGGCCCUCGGCUGAUGACAGCUCCAGCACCUCAUCUGGGGAGUGGUACCAGAACUUCAAGCCGCCGCCCCAGCCCGUUUCGGCGGAGCAGUUUGCAUGUCCAGGAUCCUCCGGUCCCCAGCCUGAUUCUACCGAUGAUGACGACUACGACGACAUCGGAGCAGGUUAGGCAGGGCCCAGCGAGGCCCUUCCACUGGACUCCGGCUCUACCUGCUCCCCUGCCCCGCCCCACCCUCCCAGAUUGUGCCCCAGGGUGCUGAGAGGCCCCCCCUGGAGAGAUGAAAGGAAGCUCCACGCCCUGGACUUCUCCGUCUCCAUCCGGCCGAACCUGCUGGCACAGCCCUCUGCCAGCGCC